CCGCCGGCCGCCUCCUCGCUGCCCUCCCGCCUCCCCCGCCCGCCGGCCGGGGCGGCUCCGCGCCGCUCCUCCCGCUCGCCGCCGGCUCCUCGCCGCCAGGGCCACGCCGGUAGCCCGGCUCCCCCGCCUCCCGCCGGACCGGCGGCGCGGCCCGCCGCUCCCGGGGAUGCUGCCCCCAACUCCCUGCCCGCCGUCUGACACCGACACCGCCGCCGCCGCCGCCCUCCUCCUCGCCGCACUGGACGCCGUUCCGCGGCCACCUGCAGCAUCCCGACUCCCCGCCGCCCGCCUCGCACCGCGGCGGAAGGAAUAAAGCGCCCAGACCGUUCCCGGUCGCUCCCCCUCACCCAAGGCAACCGGGGCCGGGGCGGGCCGGGCCCCCGGGCGCCCGCCGCCCCUCGCCCCCCGCAACUUCCCCCGCGGAUGGGCGCGCUGCCGCCGCCCGGUCCCCCCCAGCCCCGCCGCGCCGCCUGAAGAAACUUGGGGACGGCGGCGGCCUCCGCCUCCCCGCCGCGCCCCGCCCGGGCUGCGGGGGACCCUUCCCCGCACCGCCGCGACAACUUCGCGGGGCGACCCGCCCGCCGCAGGACUCCGAUCCGGGGCCGCCGGCCCUUGGGCGGGGAGACGCCCAGCACCCCCUUCCCUCGGCGGGGACCCCCUGCCCCUGGCCUCGGUGCUGGGGAGGAGCGGGGGUGCCCUGGAUGGCCCUGCGCACUGGGACGGCUUGGUUUGGGCAGGUCCUGCGCAGAGUUUCCCGGCUCCAGGGCACCUGGUCCCGGCGCUCCAGCAGCCUCCUGUGCCUCUCCUCCUCCCAGGAGCCGGAGCAGGCGGGCGGAGAGCGGCCGCCGCCGCAGCACAAGCUGCCCCGGAGCAGCGGCAGCGGCGGCGGCGGGCGCCGCCAGCCCCCCCGGCAGCUGCCCCCCUGCUGCGGUUGCUGCGGCCUGUCGGAUCCCCGGGCGGCCAGGGGGGGACAUGGUCCCCUCACUCGCCCCUUGCUGGCGGCCAUGAAGAGGCAGAACGUGCGGACCCUGUCCCUCAUCAUCUGCACGUUCACCUACCUGCUGGUCGGGGCCGCCGUCUUUGAUGCCCUGGAGUCCGACAACGAGAUGCGGGAGGAGGAGAAACUCAAAGCCGAGGAGAUCCGGCUCAAAGGAAAGUACAACAUCACCAGCGAGGACUACCGGCAGCUGGAGUUGGUGAUCAUGCAGUCCGAGCCGCACCGGGCCGGCGUCCAGUGGAAAUUUGCCGGCUCCUUCUACUUUGCCAUCACGGUCAUCACGACCAUUGGUUAUGGACAUGCUGCCCCAGGGACGGAUGCGGGGAAGGCCUUUUGCAUGUUCUAUGCGGUCCUGGGGAUCCCACUGACACUCGUCAUGUUCCAGAGCUUGGGCGAGCGCAUGAACACCUUCGUCAAGUACCUCUUGAAACGCAUCAAAAAGUGCUGUGGGAUGAGGAGCACCGAGGUCUCCAUGGAAAACAUGGUCACUGUGGGUUUCUUCUCCUGCAUGGGAACACUCUGCAUUGGAGCAGCAGCCUUUUCCCAGUACGAGGAAUGGAGCUUUUUCCAUGCUUACUAUUACUGCUUUAUAACAUUGACUACGAUAGGGUUUGGAGACUAUGUGGCCCUGCAGACCAAAGGGGCCCUUCAAAAGAAGCCUCUCUACGUGGCUUUUAGCUUUAUGUACAUUCUAGUGGGGUUGACGGUCAUUGGGGCAUUUCUAAAUCUGGUUGUUCUCAGGUUCUUAACCAUGAACAGCGAGGACGAGAGGCGGGAUGCCGAGGAACGGGCGUCCCUGGCAGGGAACCGCAACAGCAUGAUUAUCCACAUCCAAGAGGACUCCCAGCAUGGUCGGCCACGGUACAAGGCCGAAGUAACAGACCUUCAGUCAGUUUGUUCCUGCAUGUGUUACAGGUCCCACGAGUACACCAGCCGGGUGGUGUCCCACCAAAAUUCGUUCAGCUCAAAGCUGAACCCCCAGUACUUUCACUCCAUCUCUUACAAGAUAGAGGAGAUCUCGCCAAGCACAUUAAAAAACAGCCUUUUCCCAUCUCCUGUCAGCUCCAUCUCACCUGGGUUGCACAGCUUUACAGAUAACCACAGGCUGAUGAAAAGGCGAAAGUCCAUUUAAAGGGAUUUGUCUUCUUUUGCUUUCCUUGUUUUCCCCAGUUCUUCUCCGUUGUUUUGGGGUUUUUUUGUUCCUUGAGUGAGACGGAGCGAGGCCAAAGGGAGCAGAGAAAGCCAGUCCUCCUCUGAGACUCAGCUCUUGAGCAUGAAGCAUGGAUUAUUACUGUUCCAGCAAAGUAUGCCUUACAUUACCCCCUCGGUGGAUGUCAGAGGAUUCAAGGUGACGUGAAGUGGGUACCAAAUCCAAAGUUGCACACACAGCUGGGAGCCUUCAUGUGCCGCUGGCACUCCUGACCUAAUAAACUAUUUUCCUCACGAGCAGGUUGCAGCGUGCGUGCGUGCGUGUUGGGUGUGUGUGCGUGUGUGUGCGCGUGCAAUUCCACAACUAGUGCCAUGUGACAAAAAUUAAAGCAUCAGGUAUUAUUAUUUUGGUUUUUUUUUUCUUUCCCUUGAGGCAAUUGUGUU